UAAUAUUCGAACGGUCACAAUUGACGUGGUUUAAAUUUAAACAUUAGGUCAAGAUCGAUAAAUAAAUACAUUGUAAACAUAAAGUGUAUAUAAAGCACAAAGCCCAUCGCAUUAAAUAAUUUAUAGAAGGAAUAUAUAGCGAAAUUAAACAGGAUUUAAUUAGCAGUGGGAAAAAUGACAGAAGUUCCGAAAUCCCCGACGAAUUCUAACACCCAGACCGGUCCCGGGGGUCCAGAAUCAACCGGCGGUAGCGGGGGAAAGAAAGGAGACACUGUAGUUAUUGCAAUGGACGGAAGCGAGUAUUCCGAAUAUGCCCUGCAAUUCUACAAGGAUAAUGUACAUAAGCCUGGUAACCACGUCAUUAUCGUGCACAGUACAGAAUAUAAAACUAUAUCAUUCCCAGCUGUAGCUGUAAUGGGAGGUAACACAGACAUGACAAUGAUGACGAAAGAAAUUGAAGCAGAGGAGAUGAAGAGUAAUGCAUUUGUUGAAAAACUAACCCAGCAAAUGGACAAUCUUAAGAUAGACGGAGAAAUAGCCCGUAUCCACGGCGAAGCCGGACCAGCUAUACUUACUGUUGCACAUGAAAAACACGCCGAUUACAUUGUAAUUGGUUGUCGAGGAAAAGGCUCAGUGCGGCGAACAUUCACCGGAAGUGUGACCGAUUACGUAUCCCAUCAUGCAGAGGUGCCCGUGAUGAUAGCACGGCAUAAGGAUCACUUAAAACACCAUCAUGGCUUCCAUUUACAUAAUCCGUUCCAUCACCAUAAGAAACAUGCCGAGAAAAGUCAUACAUAGUCAUCAUUUUUUUAACGGCUAUUUAUUUUUGA